AUGGCUCCUAGGCAUUGUGUCCACAGUCCAGCUGAUGAGACACUGAUCUUUCCAACCCUGGGCGGCAAAUAUGACAGAUUUUAUUACGGCCAAGUGCACUCAUCGCCCUACAAACUUCCACUGAUCGCCAUAUCUAUUGGAGAGGAUCAAUAUGGGAUCCCAUGGCCCUAUCUCGAAACUUAUCCGAGAUUUCGCAAGCUUGCCUACUCUGGAAAACUCGAACUUGCUAUUUCUCCAGAUAUUGGUCACACAGUAGUGCAUUUCCUAUACACUGGCAAAUGGCAAACAAUCGACUGUGGACUUUCCCGUGGCAAAACAUACACGGAAAGGGAAUACCAAAGAUGCGUUCAAGUCUACCAUGCAUCCAUGAAAUAUGAUCUUUCUGAGCUGAAGGUUAUGGCCGAAAAAUACAUCGCCCACUUUGGAAAUGAGUUUUCAGCCAUGGAACUUCUGCGUUUGACGACCGAAGUUUUCUCGGAAUUCCCCGAAGACGAAUUUUGGCUUCCAAAUUAUGUCACGAAUACGCUUCAAGAAAUUGUUGGAGGUGUCAAUUCAAAAGUCAAUAUUCGUGAUAAUUCCUCUGUGAGAAGUCCCGGCAGCUUGGCGAUCAUGGCGGCAGUCAUUGAUGCCCAAUUCUCGCGCAUACUCGAGUUGGAAAGUACCCGUGGAAACUAUCAGGCCAGGCCCGGGGUCUACACGCACGGAUUCGGUGCAAACCACUACCCACAUAGCCGGUAUGACAUGCCUCCCAUGCCUGCCAGGCCUAUUUCUCCCAGCUCGGCGGCAAACUCUGCUUCAACUGGCGUUCGCCGCUAUCACAGGCCUGCAUCUCCCAGUUCGGCGGCAAUCUCUGUUUCCCAUGUUGUUCACCGCUGUCCCAGGUCAGCAUCUCCCAGUUCAGAAAAAGGCUCUGCUUCCGCUGGUAGUGGCAGUGUAGCCGAGGGAUCGCUUCUCACUCCCGAUGAGGAUUCCACGGUUGAAAGUCUUGUCCGCGCUGCUAAAUAUCCUGCCGAGGACCUGGCUGACGCUUCCGCUACAUUUCCCGAUUGUGAUACCGCUGAAGCCUCUGAGCAUGUUGCCCCGAUCGAAGUUUGCAUCUCUGUGGCGGUUACUGAAGAUGGAAGCCCUUCGAAUGAGUGGACUGACCAUCCGGACGACCCUGUCAUGGACGAGCAUGUAGACGGACUCGUCUACGAGGAGUCUAUUGUCGAAGCUGUCGAGGCUUCUAUCUACGAGGAGUCUAUCGCCGGGAACGCUGUAACCGAAGAAUCCUUCACUGAAGCUCCUGCCGAACUGAUUGUCUACGAGGAGUCCGUGCCGGAGGAGUCAGUCGCCGACGAACCUGUUGCCGAAGAGUCUGUCCCAUGGGAGCCUGUUGCCGAAGAAUCUGCUUCGAGCGAGCCUGCUGUUGAAGAGCCUGUUCCAGAACAAUGUGUCCCAGAGGAAACCUUGGCCGAAGAAGUUGAAACCAAUCACAAUCACCCUCUGCUCCUAAAUUCAGAUUUGUACGCAGAUUGGAAGAGUCUCUCCCCGAAGAAACGGCGAAUGAGGACGAAAAAGCUCCAGCGUCAAGGUCUGCCCAUUCCGGACCGAGAUGGUGUCAUUUCAAUAGUUUUGCCUUAA